AUGAUCUCACGUCUGCGACUUGGCGGUUCCGGUGGCAAUAACAAUAAUAAUGGCGCAGCCAGUACGAGCUCGAGUAUCUUCGGAGCCGCUGCAUCGGCCAUGAGCAGCAUUAGCGGUGGGAGCAUCUUGCCAGGCAAUAGCAGUAUCGAGAGUGCAGCAGCUACAGCAGCAGCUAAUCAUGCAGCCAGUACUACAGGCGUCUCAGGAGCUGCAGGUUUAGAUACAUCAACUACUGGAAAAGCUGCAGGUGGAGGUUUCUUUGGUGUCUCUCGCAUGGUUGCGCUCGUCAAUCAGGCCAAUAGAAGUCUGCAGUCGUUGCAAAGCACUACAGCAGGUCCUGGAGGUAAAACAGGUUCGCAGUCGAGAGGAUCGGGAUUGCAGGAUGUUGAUCGUGAUGGUCAAGUGAUUGUGGAGAUUUUUGAAAACGAACGUCUUGAAGGAAAGUUACAGCCUAUGGAUCCGAAAUGCUUCAGCGAUCGUCACGCGGCACCUGAUGCUGGACAGGAUGAGAAACCGGAAGGAGAUCUUCCUCUUGGUCAUGAAUGGGUAACUGACUGGGAAAUUGAUCAGAACUAUACAGCGGUGGACCGUGAUGGGUGGACGUAUGCUGCAGAUUUUGUAGAAAUUGUACGCUUGCUCGGUGACGACCUCAGUCACGCCUCACGUCACCCGACAGAUGCAGUGCGUCGUCGUCGAUGGAUUCGCUAUUGCCAGCCUGUGGAUAGCAAUGCGCCGCAGUCUCCUACAGAUUCAGGUGGAACCAAGUCUUUAGCUUCCUCGGCCUCCUCGAACAACUGGGCCGAUGCGACCCCUGGACAUGGCAACGAUUACAUGUUGGAUGAUAACGAGGAUCCAUUCAUGCGCACUGCUCAAAAAACACAGACUGGCUUCCGUGUAAACGUAAACUUCGCUCAGCGCGGAAAGAAAGACAACACGAGAGACUACCAGAGCAUUAGCCUGACGGACGUUAUGUGGUUAGUGAACGCGCACGACGUGGCAAAUGCACCGACUGAAGAAUUGAUGCGCGAGAAGACGGCCAACCUUGAGGAACAGAUUAGGGAGGCCACCCUACGCUCCAGGUCAAUGGAGAAAGACCUUCGUGCUCAGCAUGAUAAGCAGACUAGAGAGCUUACGGUGCAGCAAAAGAAGUUUGAUGCACUAGUGGCCCAGUACAAAAAGAUUCGAUCGGAGAAUGAAGCGCUCCAAGCUGUUGUAUCGGAGCAUCGUGUCAAAGUAGAAGCUUUGCGCAAGGAAGCGACUGAAAAAGAUAUGGUGGCGAACGAAGAACAACGAGCACUUAACGCAGAAACAGCAGCGCAAAACCAGGCGCUUGAAGAAAAGGCCAAAGCGCUUGCAACUGCCCGCAUGCGUUACAAGCGUGACAACAAACAGCUUGCCGCGGCAGUGGAGGAUGCGAAGAAGCGUCUGGAGCAGCACAAGGCCCAGGCUAAUAUGGAUUCGCAGGACCCUGUUGCCAAGGAUCUGAAAACCGAAAUGGAUAAGGUACGACAGUUGCACGCUAAGCUGGAAGCGGUGCGCCAGCACCGUCUUGUCGUUGAGGAGGAGAGCAAGGCACUCUUCAACCAAGUGGUAGAAAAGAAGGCUGACCUGAAGUUUAAGUCUAAGAUGAAGAUGGAAACGGCUUUGAGCGAGGUGGAUGCCAAGAUUAAGACGCUGAAGGAGGAACAAGCUUCGCUGUCAAAAAGCCUAGCUCUAAAACCUGAAGGCGACGCUCUACGCAAGAUUAAUGCUCGGAGGAACGACAUCAGAAGCGAACUUGGUGCAUUGAAGGAGAGGCGGACUAUGCUACUUGCGGAGAAGCGAAAGCAAGAGGGUGUUGAGCUGUAG